AUGAAAACUUUAUUGAUCAUAGCUACAGUAAUUCUUGUUUUGGCGGAAGCAAAAGUCAGAUGGUUGAGAAAGUGUAAAUGUGAGUUGGACGUACAAUUUUCCAGAUCUGAACUACAAUCUCAACCUACUCCAGUUCUAAUUUCCGAUCUUUUCAGUAUCAUCUAACAUCCAGCAAGGAGAUAGUGUUCUCUCAAGCUACGUCAAAGACGAAUUCGAUAAAACAGGAUGUCAGAAAAAUGUCUGGGUACCCAUGGAUCGCGCAUCCAAAUGUCCACAACUCAACGGUGCCAAGAAUCAAGAUCCACCAUUGAUCGAGUCAUCGGUUCAACCAAAGCUUUUUGGAUUCCGCGGAUCGUACAGUGCACAUUGUGAAUAUAUGGUAACCCUCCCUCUACUUUUCGAUGAGUUCUAAUUCAUAAAUUUUAGGUGAUCGUAGUCGCUGGUCGUGGAUGCAAACUCCUGUCAACUGAGGACAUCGAUUUCCGAUGCAAGAACAACACGAUUUUUUAUCAGGGAAGACAAGUGACAAGUUUUGUAUGCGCCGAAGGAGUUUAUGAGUAA